AUGCGGUUGUCGAGUCUCAUCUCUCGACAUGGCUCCGUCCUGCGCCGCUGCUCUGGAGCCGGAGCCGGAACUCGGCCGAUCUACUCUCAACGCCGCCUCAUGAGCUUUUCCUUGGCUGGUGUAAAAGAGUUGCUCAAAGUCUCAGAUGAGAUCGCUGACGCUGUUGCCACUAACAAGCCUAUCGUCGCUCUUGAGUCAACAAUCUACACUCACGGAGCUCUCGGUAAUGAGCUUGCUCUUCAGCAUUCGGAUCUUGUUCGAAGCAAUGGAGGUAUUCCCGCUAUCAUUGCUAUCGUCGAUGGUGUGCCUACUGUUGGUGCUACAUCCUCUGAUAUUCUACGCAUGAUUGAAAGUGGAAGCGCUGUUAAGGCAUCUAGAAGGGACAUCGCCUACAUUGCAGGAAUGGGCUUGGCCGGAAACAAAAUCCAUGGUGGAACUACCAUCUCUGGAACUAUGCUGCUGGCAAGACUAGCGGGCAUCCGUGUCUUUGGUACUGGUGGCUUGGGUGGUGUUCACCGCGGCGGCCACGACUCAAUGGAUGUUUCUGCUGAUCUCACUGAGCUUGGACGAACCCGAGUUGCUGUCGUCGCCAGUGGCUGCAAGGGUUUCCUUGAUAUUCCUAGAACCCUUGAGUUCCUUGAGACCCAGGGUGCUCAUGUCUCUACCUUCUCUGAUGGUCGAUCCGGAAAGGUCGACUUCCCUGCUUUCUGGGCCCGUGACAGUGGCAUUAAGAGUCCUUCGGUCGUCCACACCGAGAAGGAGGCUGCCGCUAUCAUCCUCGCGCAGGAGAAGCUCAACAUUGAAUCAGGCUUGCUCUUCGCAAACCCCAUCCCCGAGGAGUCUGGCGUUCCUGCCGCUGAGAUGCAGUCCUAUAUCGAGCAGGCCGUCCAGGAGGCCAACGAGAAGGGCUUCACUGGAAGCGCCAACACCCCCUAUAUCCUGGGCAGGCUCAGAGAGCUUACAGGAGAUAAGGCCGUUACCGCCAACAAGGCACUGGUAACAUCCAACAUCACCCGGGCCACCAACAUCGCUGUCGAACUCUCACGGUUGUUGUCUUCUGGUGCUGAGCCAGUCAAGACUUUCAAUUCAUUCCCAAUCGCUCCAUCUGCUGCUCCUUCUGAGAUCAAGGAACCCGAAGUAACGUCCGAGAGCAAAGCUGAUAUUCUCGUUGCCGGCUCCGUAGCUAUUGAUCUAAGCUGUGACUAUGCUCCCAAGUCGGGCGACUCUUCGCCUGUCCUCCAUACUUCCAAUCCUUCCAGUAUUAGCCAGUCUAUUGGAGGCGUCGGCCAUAACGUAGCGCUCGCUGCCCAUUCCGUUAGCAAGCACGCACGGGUAAGACUCUGCAGUAUGGUUGGUGAUGAUGUGGCUGGCAAAACUGUCCUGAAUGGACUUCAAGCCUCUGGCCUGAACACGACUUACAUCCGCACACUUGGCAAUGAAUACCAUGGCUCGAAUAGAACGGCUCAAUAUGUCGCUGUGAAUGAUGCCAACAAAAACUUGGUCAUGGCGAUGGCCGAUAUGGGAAUCUUCACACAUCACUCGUUCCCUGAGUACUGGAAAUCCGCCGUACGAGGAACUAAGCCCAAGUGGCUAGUGGUGGAUGGCAACUGGAGUGAGAGAGACAUCCGAGCAUGGCUCAAGGCUGGUCAGGAUGAAGACUGCAAAAUCGCCUUUGAGCCUGUGUCGACUGCCAAGUCCAUGAACCUCUUUUGUCCCCAGAGAGGUCACCCCAAGCUUCGAGUCUUCCCUAAGCCUACAGUGAAUAUCGCAUCCCCCAACAGUUACGAGCUGGCAGCUAUGUACUCUGCAGCCCGCGAUAACGGCUACUUCGAGGCUCCUGAAUGGUUCGAUAUUAUCGAUGCUUUUGGUAUGCGAGGCGCUCGAGAGCGCUUUGUUCAUAUCACUUCAGCUGAGUUGACUGAUGCAGGUGUCCCUGUCCAGUCUGUUCAGCUACUUCCUUACAUCCCUACUAUCGUCACAAAGCUUGGCCCUCAAGGUGUUCUCCUUACAACUAUCCUUGGCCGAGACGAUCCCCGAUUGAGGGACCCCGACUCUGAAGAAUACAUUGUCGCGCGUUCGAUGAGCCACCCAACCGUUGGUGGACUAUACAUGCGAUUGUUUUCAGCUGCUGAAAGGGUCGACAACAUCGUCUCUGUCAACGGUGUUGGAGAUACUUUCUUUGGUGUCCUGAUCUCUGGAUUGGCGCAGGGAGGUAAAGUUGAGAAUCUUAUCGAUGUUGCUCAGGCAGGCUCGUGUUUGACUUUGAAGUCUCAUGAGUCUGUGAGCCCCGAUCUGCGCCGAUUGGAGACUGUGUUGGCGCAAGCAGCAGCUCAGUAA